AAAGAAAUAAAUUUGUCACUAAAAACUAACCCACUUUUGGUACCCUUAUUUAUUUGCCUACACAAAACAAAACAAAACAAAACAAAACAACUAAACAAAAAACAGAGCAAAAGCAGAGCAACAACUCUGCAACUAUUUCUUCCCCCAUUUCUCAUGCCCUCACCAAGCCAACAACCCAUUCUCUUCAACUCAAACUACUCCACAAUGCUUAAAUCACUUAAAAAGAAGCUCUGCCUCCUCUGCUCUCGCCUUCGCUGGCCCACUCGCCGCCGCUCCAAGCCUAAAAUUAUCAUCAAAAGGUUUGGAAAAAAUAGCUCCAAAUUUCAAGAUGAUGCCAAUAGUGAAGUGGCCAUUAAUGGGUCGGCUGCAGUUCAUCCAAAUGGCGAAUUGGGUAGUCUAAACUCGGAAAAGCCUAUACGGAUAGCUACAUUCAACGCUGCCCUCUUUUCCAUGGCACCAGCAAUUCCCGAGGCUGAGAAGAGAACCAGUUUUGAAAUUGGAAAUGGAAAUGGAGAUAUAAUGAAUUUUAGGAGGUCAAUGGACUUGAAUUUACGCACAAAGUCUGUGAAUGAUCGGCCAAAAAGUAUUCUAAAGCAGUCUCCCCUGCAUCCAAGUUCCAUGAAUGGUACAAACAAUCUUUCAACGCAACAGAAGUUUGUGAAGUCCAAGUUAAGGGUGUCGAUAAACUUACCCGAUAAUGAGAUUUCAUUGUUACGGAAUAGACAGUUGAGCUUUGAUGAAAGAGAAGGUUCUUCUUCUUUUUCUGCUUCUGAUUCUGCUUCAAGUAGUAGAAUAAGUAGAGUUUUGAAAGGGAAGGCUCCUCUAAUAUCCAAUUCAAGCUUGCCUAUAAGUAUGCUAAAUGGUAUAGUUGGCGAGACCUAUAAAAGCAGCAGAACUGUGCUUGAAGUGCUGAGAGAGUUGGAUGCUGAUAUAUUGGCUCUACAAGAUGUGAAGGCUGAGGAAGAAAAGGCCAUGAAGCCUCUGUCUGAUUUGGCUGGUGCUUUGGGAAUGAAUUACGUUUUUGCCGAAAGCUGGGCACCGGAGUACGGCAACGCCAUCUUGUCAAGAUGGCCUAUUAAGCAGUGGAAAGUUCAGAAGAUCUUUGAUGAUUCUGAUUUCCGGAAUGUUCUGAAGGCCACGAUUGAUGUGCCCCACUUGGGAGAAGUUAAUUUCAACUGCACCCUCCUUGAUCAUCUCGAUGAGAACUGGCGAAUGAAGCAGAUAAAUACAAUAAUACAGUCUAGUGAUGAAGCUCACAUUUUAACUGGAGGCCUCAAUUCACUUGAUGAAACAGAUUACUCAGAAGAAAGAUGGACUGACAUCGUAAAGUACUAUGAGGAGAUAGGAAAGCCAACACCAAAGGUUGAAGUGAUGAGAUUUUUGAAGAGCAAACAAUAUACAGACGCUAAGGACUUUGCAGGAGAAUGCGAAUCGGUGGUCAUGAUUGCCAAAGGCCAAAGUGUGCAGGGAACAUGCAAAUAUGGAACUCGGGUUGAUUACAUAUUGGCAUCACCAAAUUCACCUUACAAGUUUGUUCCUGGAUCAUAUUCAGUGUUUUCUUCCAAAGGGACUUCUGAUCAUCACAUAGUGAAAGUUGAUUUAGUAAAAGUAACAAGUACAGCUGCUGAAGAAAAUGUCAAUAAAAAAAGGCAACAACCAAAACAGAAAGUUAUAAAGGGAAGGGGGAUUUGAAUCGAGGAAGAGAUGAGUAAUGCAAUGAGAUACGAGGUUGUAGACUCAAACUUAAACAUUUUAAUAGUGAAAUGUUGCUACUUGCUCAUUUGACCAUCACUGUUGCUUUCAUCAUAUGCCGGAUUGCAUAUAUACUAAGCGCUUACGUUUGGUAGGCAUGCACUCAUUCUACGUUAAAUGGAUGUCAUCUUUACAAGUUUCAUGUUUCAUGCUUAUCUCAGUUAAACGCCACUUAAACAAUGGAUGACAAUUACAUUAUGUAUAUAAAAUGUAUGCUCUCUCUAUCUGUCUUUUUUUUAAUAUUGUAAAUAGCAUAGAUAAUUACAACAGGUCAAUUCCACAAGAGUGGUAAUUAUGAUUAUCCCCUUUUCUAGUA